AUGGACAAUGAGUCGCAGUACUCGGGCUAUUCCUACAAAUCCGGGCACUCCCGCAGCUCCCGCAAGCACAGGGACCGGCGGGACCGACAUCGCUCCAAGAGCCGGGACGGGAGUCGGGGGGACAAGUCGGUGACCAUCCAAGCACCUGGAGAGCCCUUGUUGGACAAUGAGUCCACUCGGGGGGACGAGAGGGAUGACAACUGGGGGGAAACCACCACGGUGGUGACGGGGACGUCAGAGCACAGCAUCUCUCAUGAUGACAUCACCCGGAUCACCAAGGACAUGGAGGACAGUGCCCACCUGGACUGUUCCCGGCACUUGGGCGUCUCGCUGGCCGGGGCGCUGGCUCUUCUCGCCUUCCUCACCCCCCUCGCCUUCAUGCUCCUGCCUCAGCUGCUGUGGCGGGAAGAGCUGGAACCCUGUGGGACACCCUGCGAAGGGCUCUUCAUCUCCGUGGCCUUCAAACUCCUCAUCCUCCUGUUGGGCAGUUGGGCUCUUUUCUUCCGCCGCCCCAAAGCCUUUUUCCCGCGGGUCUUCGUGUUCCGCGCGUUGCUGAUGGUGCUGGUUUUCCUCCUGGUGGUUUCCUACUGGCUGUUCUAUGGCGUCAGGAUCCUGGACUCGAGGGACAGGAACUACCAGGGGGUGGUGCAAUAUGCUGUCUCCCUGGUGGACGCCUUGCUCUUCGUGCACUACUUGGCCGUGGUGCUGCUGGAGCUUCGGCAGCUCCAGCCCCAGUUCACCCUCAAGGCCGUGCGCUCGGCCGACGGCGCCCGCCGCUUUUACCACGUCGNCUCCCUCAGCAUCCAGCGAGCAGCCGUGUGGAUCCUGGAGAACUAUUACCACGAUUUCCCGGUCUACAACCCCGCCCUCCUCAACCUGCCCAAGUCCGUCCUGUCCAAGAAAAUGUCCGGCUUUAAAGUCUAUUCCCUCGGCGAGGAGAACACAACCAACAACUCGACGGGGCAGUCGCGGGCGGUGAUCGCGGCGGCCGCGCGGCGUCGCGACAACAGCCACAACGAGUAUUACUACGAGGAGGCCGAACACGAGCGCCGGGUGCGGAAACGCCGCGCCAGGCUGGUGGUGGCAGUGGAAGAAGCUUUCACCCACAUCAAGAGGCUGCAGGAGGAGGACCAGAAGAACCCACGGGAGAUCAUGGACCCACGGGAGGCAGCUCAGGCCAUCUUUGCCUCCAUGGCCCGGGCCAUGCAGAAGUACCUGAGGACCACCAAGCAGCAGCCCUACCACACCAUGGAGAGCAUCCUGCAGCACCUCGAGUUCUGCAUCACCCACGACAUGACACCCAAGGCCUUCCUGGAACGGUACCUGACGGCAGGACCCACUAUCCAGUACCACAAGGACCGUUGGCUGGCCAAGCAGUGGACACUGGUCAGCGAGGAGCCGGUGACCAACGGCCUGAAGGACGGGGUGGUCUUUGUGCUGAAGCGCCAGGACUUCAGCCUGGUGGUGAGCACCAAGAAUAUCCCUUUCUUCAAGCUCUCGGAGGAGUUCGUGGACCCCAAGUCGCACAAGUUCGUCAUGAGGCUUCAGUCUGAGACCUCCGUGUGA